CUGCAUUGAAUUUGAACGUUCCUAAAAGUAACCUUAGGUACCUUCGUACUACUGGCAGCUUCUGAGUUCAAAGCUUCGAUGUUCAAUGUUCUUUUUUGAACAUUCAAACCCUUUCAAUUCUUUAUCAAGCCUCAUCCCCCAAUCCUUUUUACUUGGGCUUCUUUCAAUUCACUAUAUUUUAUCGAUCGAACGGAACAGCUUCUUAAACUAUCUCAACUUUCAGAAACAAUAAUAUUUACUAUCACGUAAGGCUGCAAUAACACCCUUUUCUCAUGGAUCGACACGGCUCACCUGGCCUCGGGCCUCGUAACGAUGCUGGAUCUCGAGUGCAAAAACCAGAGUCCGCAUCGGAUAAAGCAGCUAAGCUCGCCGCAUUAAAAGCUCGCGUGUCAGCUGCUAUAGGUACUACUAAAGCGAAAGGUGGACUAAAUGUUGGACUUCAUCCGGCAUUAGAGGAUAUUGGACAAUGGAAGCCUGGCAAUAACAAAUCCAACGACACAAGAGCCGGCUCAAGCUCGCGGCCGCGUAACGAUGGCGGCAGGCCCCCACCAAAACAAAAGACCCUCGAUCUAUCCGGACCAUCGCUAGAUGAAAUCAAAAGUAACCCAUAUUAUGAUGCGAACCUAGGCGCCCCGAGCGUGAAACCGAGACAAACCCGUCAGCUUGUAUUCAACCAAAAAGGAAAAUAUAUUCAACAAGCGAACGCGCUGAGGAGGCAGGCAGCGCUCGAGGCCUUGAAGAAGAAGAUUGCCGCGGGUACACGGAAGGUCGGAAUAGACGAGGACAAAGACGUCGAGAAGAGUUUUCUAAUUGAUGCGCCUCCGGAGAUCGAGUGGUGGGAUGAAGGCUUAAUAAAUGGCAAGAAUUAUGAUGAUAUCGAUGACCCAAUGGCUAUCAAGAUCGACACGGAGGAUACUAUAAUAACCAGAUAUAUCCAACAUCCCGUCCCGAUCGAACCACCUCAGGACAAGAAUGUGCCUGCGCCGAAACCUAUGUACCUUACCCCCGCGGAACAAGCCAAACUACGUCGCCAGCGCCGAAUGGGUGACUUAAAGGAGGAACAAGCCAAAAUCAGGCUCGGCCUUAUCCCAGCGCCGCCACCCAAAGUCAAGAAGGGUAAUCUAAUGCGCGUGCUCGGAGAAGAAGCCGUCAAGGAUCCUACGGCCGUAGAGGCGCGUGUGAACCGAGAGAUUGCCGAACGACACGCGAAGCACGUGGAGACAAAUGAGGAACGGAAGUUGACCAAGGAGCAAAAGCACGAGAAGCUCGCAGCGAACCAGGAGAAGGACGCAGCCAAGGGGUUGCACAUGCUAGUUUUCAAGAUAAACAGCCUAGCGAACGGGCAGCACCGGUACAAGAUCAACAUCAACGCGGACCAGCAAGCCCUCACGGGCAUCGUCAUCAUGCACCCGAAGCAGAACCUCAUCAUCGCCGAAGGCGGCGAGCGCUCCAUCAUGCAGUACAAGAAGCUCCUCGAGAACCGCAUCAACUGGACCGAGAACCUCGCCUCGCGCGAGAAGGACGCCCAGAACGACGGCCUCAAGCAGUGGCUCAAGGCCGAGACCGAGAACGGCGACCUCAAGGACCUCGCAGAGAACCAGUGCAAGCUCAUCUUUGAGGGCGAGAUCAAGUCCCGCGCCUUCCGCAAGUGGGGCUCCAAGGUCUGCGAGACCGAUUCGGAGGCUAGAGAGGUCCUCUCGAAGUCGAAGAUGGAGAAUUUUUGGAACCUUGCCAAGUCUACUCGUUAAUGAGGGGAGAAGGGGGGUUGGAUGGAUCGCUUAUUUGUUCGUUCGUAGCUUGUGUAUGGGCUACAUACCUGCCUAUCACCUUAGUUAGUUAGGUAGAUACCUACCAACUUUUGGUAGUCAGAUUAAGAAGAUUGUGUAAUAGCAAGAUGUGAAUCAUCUA